AUGAAGCAUCUCCAGGUUGACACCAUUAAAUCUCUGCGGUUGAGUGGCCGCAAACUUCGUACAAAAUGCACUGGUCGUUACUUCGAGAAGUUCAAGAAGUUCAUCAACUACCAGACAAUAGAAUUGACCAAGUCCGCUUUGUCGGUCACUUCGAGAGUUAGGAAGCUUUCAGGCUACAGCGGCGGCAACAGCCAGCGGGCCAAUCCUUACGCCUUCCCGGGCCGUUAA